AUGAUAGGAACGACGAACCAGCCGCAACAAGAUGAGGAUCAAGUUUACGAUGUUGUCAUUGUUGUGGAAAACACAGCAAAUUUGGUUCCUUAUUUGGAUGAAUUGAAGACCAGUUAUCUACUGCCGACACUAGAAUAUUUCAACGGUGGUCCACCUAGCCCUAUUGAUACUGGACAUGAUUACAACUGCACCUUGUACUGUCUAGUCACCUACACCGCCGGGGACUCAGCACCAGAACCAACAUCGGAUUGUAGCUAUCCAACAACCAGCAUUUAUGAGCUUAUCAAGGCUUUUGACAAUCUUGAGUUCAUCGGUGGAGCAGGGCAGAGCUGCAGCCAUCUCUCUGAAGGACUGAGUACAGCCUUGCAGUGUCUGGAUGAGAUCAAACAGCUGCGAUACUCUGGCAAACCUACGCAACGUCACUGCAUCCUGAUCUGUAACUCACCUCCAUACCACAUCACAGCCGAGGAGAGCCAGGAUUAUAGGGGCUACAACAGCGAGCAGCUGGCCAGCAUGAUGGGAAAGCGUGGGGUCAACCUGUCCAUCAUUUCUCCGCGGAAGAUUCCAGCAUUACAGAAGUUGUUUAAUGAAGCUUGUGCUGGGGACAGCUUCUAUAGCCAUCCACAAGCACACUACGCCGUCGACCCACGGCAUAUGGUGCUGCUGAAGGGCUACCAGCUGCCAGAACGUUCCAUCAGUCCUAAAGGAGAGAAGGAGAAAGAACAAAUCAAUGUGCCCAGUCCGUCCUUGGUCACAGAUGCAGGAAUGGGAAAGACAGACACAUUUAAGAAGCCACUGAAUCAGACAGGAAUGCAGCAGUCUCCAAACCCAGUCCAGCCCUCUAUGAAUAUCUCACAGAACAACAACACCCCAUCAUCUGGGGCUGCCUCAGGAAUCAUGCCCCAGAUGGACUCCAUGGUGGGGGCUUCCGGGGUGCAGGGUGCCCCCGGCUUACCUGGUAGUGUUGGCAAGCCAGGCAUGAUGGUCCAUACAAGACCUCAGGUCAGUGAUCUGCAAAUUACUAUUUCAGUAUUAGUAUGGGAACUAUGCACUAACCUCUCAGCCCUGGGAUCAUUG